AUGCGUUACGUGAUUUCAGUGAUCCUCCUCCUGUUCCCAGUUAUCCAAGCAAGUGACUACUGCCUCCUCAAGUCAUCCUUCCAAAUAAACAGUCGAAUCACGACAGAAUGCAAAGUUCCCGCCAAUGCUACCUCAGCCGAAGACAUUGAAGCCAUGUCGACGCUCUGCACUGAUGAGGAAGCACCUCAGCUUCAGAUUCUCCGUGCUCGUCAAACGGAUUUCAGUAGUCAUGGAAUUUGCCAUGAAAGUUCCCUGAAAACUCCUGGAAUGUACACAUGGAUCACCUGGAAGGAUUUCCAGAACAUAUUGCGACCUCUGGUUAGUCAUCUCAGUGAAGAGAGUGCCUUUGUGGGGCGAGAUGUGGCUGGAAGUAUUUGUAGAGUCAAUCUCACAACUGCUGCAUGUUUAGGGAAUGAUGAGAGUGAUUCACCAGAUGUUGCGGAUGUCCUCCUGGAACGCCUUCCUGUUGCCUAUGAGCUAACCAACAUUAUCUACGAUCGAUGGCGCAAUGUGACGUUUUUGGAUCAAAUUGUUCUCACAUCUGUGAACCUCACAAAUCACCAUUUAAACACGGAUUUCGUUGAAUCCCUGGUAAGGUAUGAUUUUGAGAAGAAAGUCAAUGUUACGUUGCUUUUGGAUCUAGCACCGGGUGUUCCAAUUAUUCUGCACGAGGAAACAGGUACAAUUAAGUAUACUGUUGGGGAGUUGACGAAGAAGGUCCAAGCUGGAAUUGUGUCUGUUGUGAAGCGCCUUCCUGCCAAGACAUCGGCAAUUGUGCGGGUUAUUGGAACGGAAACACUUUCCGUGAUCAAUAUGUCAGCCAAAUUGACCACAAUCUAUGCUAGGGAUGAUUAUGGGGUUGAUAAAAUCGAAGAGGGUGAUAUCCAUACAACGUGCAUUGAAACUGGAGUAAUGGAUGUUCGUCCAGAGGAGACAAUCUCCAUUCACAUUGAUCCACCAGGUAUUGGGGAUCAUCCACAAAUGCAACAGGAACCUUCCACAGUACCAGUGGCUAAACCAACACAACCAACUUCAACACCUGCCCCGGCUAUAUCUCUCUUCCAACCAUCUGGGCCAGUUUAUCCGGGAUUUAAAACCUACUCAACAAUUGCUGCUGUUAUCUUCUUCUCUGUCUUCAUAAUCGCCAUGACGGAUGUUGCAAGGAAGAUUAUUCAAGAUCAACGACGCAAAGAUCAGAAAAUAAGAAAAUAUUAAUGCUGAUCUUUUUAAUAAAUUGUAGCCUUAGUUUAAAUUAAUAAAAAAGAAUAAACUUUCAUCCUCCUAGGAGUA